AUGUCGAAAGAAACAGCGUCUAUGAGAGAAAUACAACACAACCGACAACUCAUUAUGCAAGCUCUAAAUAAGAACACAACAAACUUUUCAAACUAUUCUAAGAUAUCUGAGUCAUUGAAAGAAGGAAACUUAAAACUGACAAUAAACCCAAUGACAGACGAGUUUCUAUUUCAAGACAACAAGAACCAUACUGUUUGUAUAAAUCCAACAAAAAGAACUUUAAACGAGAAACCUAUAGAUGAACUUCUUUUGAAGGCAGAUAUUGACAACAAAGCUGACAAAGAAUAUGUAGACGAUGCAAUAGCAAAAGAAGAAGAAAGAGCUAACAAUGCUUAUGCAACAAAAGAACAUACUCAUCCUGAACUAGCAGACAAAACAUAUGUUGACAAUAAAAUGUCAAGUGAAGUGACAAGAGCUGAAAACGAAUAUUCUAAAAAGACUCAUACACAUACCAUUGCAAAUAUUACAAACUUACAAGAAACCUUAAACAGGAAAAGUGACGUUGGACAUACACAUACCAUUGCAAAUAUUACAAACUUACAAGAAACCUUAAACAGGAAAAGUGACGUUGGACAUACACAUACAUCUUCUGAAAUAACAGACUUAAACGUUAGCCUUGAAAAGAAAGCAGAUAAAACAUAUGUCAAUGAAAUAUACCAAAGUUUAGUUGGAACAAAAAAUAUUGAAACUAUUGUUGGUGACUUUUCUGUCAAUGAAGAAAAUAAAUAUUUUAGAUGGCAGUUGGUACAGUCCUUAGAAAAUGGUACACGGUAUAAACUCAUUCCGAAAAAUAACAAUGAAAUGUAUGUAAGCUAUAAAAAGAACGAUGGUACACAAGUUAAAGUUCCAUUAGACAACAACUGUUACUUAAACAUAUAUGGAGACGAACAAAAGAAAUAUUUAAGAGUUUAUGAAAUGACAGAUAUGACAUUGCCUGACCCAGCUCCAGCACCAUACUAUUAUGACUAUGGUGUUGACGCACGUGUAGACCCAAAAAAGCAAACAUUAUAUUUAGAAUAUUAUAGAUAUAAAAGAUAUAAUGCAAUAGAAAAAACGAGAAUAGUAUAUUAUUAUACAGAUGACAGAAAUAAAUAUUAUAGUCAAGAUUUUACCUACCCUGAAAACAUAAGAUUAUAUUAUAAAAAAUAUUCUGACACAAACCAGAAGAAACCAGAAAUAGUUACACUAUAUUUUAAGUUCAAAAGAGACAAUCCUAUAUUAUCUCAUAUGUUUGAUUUAAUGAACCCAGUAGGUUCUAUUUAUACAUCUAUGGAUGCAAGAUGUCCUCAAGUAAUGUUUGGUGUUGGUGCAUGGGAACAAAUAGUCGACAGGUUUUUGUAUUGUGCAAACUCUUCAAAGGAAACAGGUGGAAGUAAAAAGAUAUCUGUCGACAACUUGCCACCACAUAGUCAUUCUGGUACAACAAGUUCUAAUGGAAACCAUAGUCAUAGGGUUUGCAAACAAGGAUAUAACACUGUUUCUCAGAUUUCAAUGGAAAUUCAAGUUAUGUCAAGAACUCAUUUUCCAAACGACCCAGUAGACUGGAAUGGAAUGUGGACAGAUACAACUGGAAACCACCAACAUACUUUUACAACAACAUCUACAGGAAAUGGAACAGACUACAUGCCACCUUACAUGACAGUUUACGCAUGGUAUAGAAUUGCUUAG